GCGUUUAAUCAAGGUUGUCCGUACGUGAUGACGUAGUUGACAGCGGCUCGGACGCUGCUGUCAGAGACAGAGAGAGCAAAGAAAAGCUUUAGGGAUGGAGGAACCCGAUGAGGAAGGGGGGAGCCCAGAGACCGAUAUAGGAGGAGAGGUGGCUGCUGCCGGGAGGGAAGAAGAAGAAGAGGAAGAGGAGGAAGAUUUAACUGGGAAGAAAGCUGCUGCUUUUGAGGUGUCCUCAUUGUCAGGUCAGCCUGGAGCUGGUAAGAAGAUUGGACACCGUAGCGUUGAUGCUUCUGGGGAAACCACGUAUAAAAAGACCACUUCAUCCACCUUAAAAGGUGCCAUUCAGCUAGGUAUUGGAUACACAGUGGGAAAUCUAAGUUCAAAACCAGAAAGGGAUGUCUUGAUGCAAGAUUUCUAUGUUGUUGAGAGUAUCUUCUUUCCAAGUGAGGGCAGUAAUUUAACCCCUGCACAUCACUACCCUGAUUUCCGCUUUAAGACAUAUGCUCCUGUGGCUUUUCGAUAUUUCCGUGAGCUCUUUGGUAUCCGUCCUGAUGAUUAUCUGUACUCUCUUUGUAAUGAGCCUCUCAUUGAGCUUUCCAAUCCUGGGGCCAGUGGAUCACUCUUCUAUGUCACCAGUGAUGAUGAAUUUAUCAUUAAAACAGUAAUGCACAAGGAGGCAGAAUUCUUGCAGAAACUGCUACCCGGAUAUUAUAUGAACCUGAACCAGAACCCUAGGACGCUUCUGCCCAAGUUUUAUGGCUUGUACUGUGUGCAGUCUGGUGGAAAGAACAUCCGUGUAGCAGUUAUGAACAAUGUCCUACCCCGUGUGGUCCGGAUGCACUUCAAAUAUGAUCUGAAGGGCUCCACCUACAAGCGUCGGGCAUCUAAGAAAGAAAGGGAGAAACGUUGCCCCACCUACAAGGACCUGGACUUCAUGCAGGAUGCUCCAGAGGGGCUCCUACUAGACACAGACACUUUCAGUGCACUUGUCAAAACCCUGCAGAGGGACUGUCUGGUUCUUGAGAGCUUCAAGAUCAUGGAUUAUAGCCUUCUGCUGGGUGUGCACAACAUGGAGCAGCAGGAAAGGGAACGGCAGAUGGAGGGUGCACAGAGUCAGACUGAUGAGAAACGGCCAGUGGCGCAGAAAGCACUUUAUUCUACUGCAAUGGAGUCUAUCCAGGGAGGAGCAGCUCGAGGCGAAUCAAUAGACACAGAUGAUACGAUGGGAGGGAUCCCGGCUGUUAAUGGAAAAGGGGAACGUUUGCUGCUAUAUAUAGGAAUUAUUGACAUCUUGCAAUCAUACAGGCUGAUAAAGAAACUAGAGCAUACAUGGAAGGCACUGGUGCAUGAUGGGGACACAGUGUCUGUGCACAGACCUAGUUUCUAUGCUGAACGCUUCUUCAAAUUCAUGAGUAACACAGUAUUUCGCAAGACAUCCUCUCUAAAGUUAUCUCCCUCUAAGAAGGGACGCAGUGUCCUUCUUGCCCCUCGCCCCAUUGGGCCUACUGCCGCAUUCUCAGCAGGACAAAUACCCACAGAGAAAGAUGAGGGGAGAUAUGACUUGCGUUGUGCGCGGAGUUAUCCCACCUUGGAAGAUGAAGGUCGGCUGGACCUCUUGCCCUGCACACCACCAUCCUUUGAAGAGGCAACUACGGCUUCCAUUGCCACUACACUGUCUUCUACUUCAUUGUCCAUCCCAGAGCGGUCUCCCUCUGAAACCUCUGAUCAGCCACGUUAUCGAAGACGCACUCAGUCCUCAGGAUAUGAGGUCCGGUCUCACGAAGAAAUGCGAGCAGAGGAAGACGUGCAGCAGAUCACUGUGGAGGUGGAAACCAGGCAGGAGAGUACAGUCAAAGAACCAGAAGAAGAAGAACUGGGUGAGGCUUCUGGUUGUACAGGAAGGCCCAUUCCUAGCAUCCUUAGUGAAACAGCAAGUCAGAGGUCGGAGGGAGAUGAGGACGUGCCAGUGACAGAUAUUUAUUUUCGUGAAGAACUAGGUGGAACAAGCAACUUGUAUUUGCUUUCAGUUUAUAUAUUGUUGGCUUUCAUGACUAGGAGUAAGCUGGCCGUGAGUUUUAGCAAUGGGAACAGUAAGUUUUGAGUGGGUCCAGUUUCCCAUUAGAGGGGCAGGACAUGUGUGCAGUGAGAUGCAUGGAUUGUAUUAACUCCAUAUCUAUACCUUGGCAUCUUGUCUAUUUUCCUACAAGCUUGGAAAUUGUCCUAUAGGGAUUGGUUGGUAAUUCAGCAUUUUAGAAAGUCUUAUGAACUUUUCAGAAAGCAUUGCAGGUACAGGGCAUGUUGUGUGUUACCUUCUUUUCUCUUCUCCUGUUCCUUUAAUGGUUCUGCUUGCUUCUGGCAUGACAAAUUAUGCACGCGUUUCCUUUCCCAUCAUGCUGCUGUAAUUUUGGGUAUGGCUUUAAUACACCUGAAUACAAGAGCCCCCAUCUCCAUUCACUCUUUUAUGAAUGAAUUUAUUUAAGCAUGGAAUACAUUUUUGCACCAAAACCAACAAAAUAUACAUUUUUGGAUAGCAUUAUUGUUGUUUGAGAACUGUAUUUUACAUAACGGGACAUUAAACUCAAAAUGUAUCCCCCCACCCACCCAUAAAAAUUUUAAUUUAAGGGAUAUGAAACAUAAAUUUUAUUUUGUGAUUCAGAUAGAGCAUAUAAUUUUAAACAACUUUCCAAUUUACUUCUAUUAUCUAAUAUUCUUCAUUCUCUUAGUAUACUUUGUUGAAGAAACAAUGCACGUGUGACUGAGCCAACAUAAUAAGAAAUCUAUUAGCUCAAAGCACACACUUGUUUAUAUUUGUACUUGGAUGGCAACAGCAAAGGAGUCAAAGUACAUGAAUGCAAUAUAUAUUUAUUUCCUAUGACAUGGAGAGUCCACAACAUCAUUCCUAUUACUAGUGGG